AGUUCGAAACGUUUUACUUCGUAUCAAUAUUAUAUAAAGAUAAAAAAUGAAUGUUUGGAUACUUAUCUUAUUGGAUUUUAAAUUGACGCGUCUCGAGUGUAUUGAUUGUGACCCGUUUCAUAUCAUAUCUUGUUGUCCAUAAUAAAAAGUAUACAAACGAAUGUGAACACUCGACGUUUGAACAUCUGAAGUGGUUGAACAGUGAGAUCAUUGUUUUGAAAUGCCACUUAGAUACACAUUGGUGUAUCUUCUAGCAAUAGUGCUCGGACAAAUAUCUGAUUACACCGAAAAAUUGUUCUUUAAAGUAAAAGAUGAAGACUUUGAACAUGUUUCAUGUGUUUUAAGGAAAGAGCAUUAUACAUUUGUGUCACAGAUCAUUUCAGGCAUUUACGUUUUCCAAAAACGAGGGUUAACUGGGAAAUUGUCAGAAGAGGACUUACAGUUGAUCAAGAGCUAUGAUGACAAGAUACAAACGGUUGAGCAAGUCAGGAGAUGGCACAUACAACCUACAUCAGAUGGCCUGACCGGGCAAAAUCUUGGUGUCCAUGACUCGAGGUACGGAAUGGGCAUAGGAAAUGCGUGGAACUUUAGCAUGACUGGAGAGAACGUUACACUAGGUGUGUUAGACGUUGGCGUCGAUAUCACACAUCCCUACCUCCUGGACAAUAUUGCUCAGCAAUUGAGUUGGAACUACGAUUCAAACACUUCUGACGUUUCCCCCGGAUAUCAACGUAGCUAUGGAGAAUUUUUACAGUUGCAAGACCACGGAACCAAUGUAUGCGGUCUCUUGUCAGCGAACAGCAAUGAGAGUGCACCAUGUGCUAAAGGGGUUGCUUUUAAAGCAAAACUAGCCAUAAUAAAAGUUGCUCAUCUGGACGUUAAAGUAGGUAUCCUCGCUGACGACGACAAUAUUGCUGGAGGAUUAGUACAUAGAACAGAUACCAUCUCAGUAUACGUGAACGCAUUUACUUACAGCAACACUUUUCGAAACCUCAACUUCGCCACCGAAGCUGUGUUGAAACAGGGCGCACGCAUUGGAAGACAAGGCAAAGGAUCGAUGUUUGUUUUUCCGUCAGCGAAAAUCGGAGUUGGACUUGAAAACAACAUACACACUAUCGUCGUCAGUGGUGUUAAUCCAAAUGGAAGUGUUCCGGCGUCCGUUGCUAGCAAUGCUGCUGUCCUUACUUCAGCGCUUGCUUACAGUUUUUCUUUGAUGUCUGCAGGAAUGACUACCACAGCAGGCAUUUAUCCAGAUAGAAAAUGCACGGACAAAUUCGGGGGAACCUCAGCAUCAACAGCUUUUCUGUCCGGUAUACUGGCACUUGUUCUCCAAGCUAACCCAGGUCUUUCUUGGCGUGAUGUUAUGCAUAUCAUAGUACAGUCAUCCGAACACGAGUCGCUGAAGAGUGAAUCUUCCAACUUCACACCGAACGCAGCAGGCAAAUAUUUUCACACAAUGUUUGGCUUUGGCUUAAUAAAUGCUGGAAAAGCUGUAUCACUGGCAAGAACGUGGACCCCUGUCGGAAAUAUGUUCGCUAUUACAGGAACGCAUCUGUUUCAAAGAAGUUGCAAUGAUAUGUCUUGUUCGUUCGGAUUCGAAAUCAAGUGCGCACAUUAUUGCUCAUGUGUAUCCACGGUUGAGCAAGUUCAGGUCUCCAUCACUUGUCACACGUCGAAUCCCAAAACGACAAGUGUGUACAUUACUUCGCCAAGCGGUACCAAGUCAAUUCUUGUACAAGAAGGCCAAAUCAGCACAAAGGACAUCGUAACGGAUGUCUUAAUGAGGUCCGUGAAUUUCUGGGGUGAAAAUGCAACAGGUCUUUGGAUUAUCAACAUCAGCAUCACAGAUGGGACGAUAUUCAACGCAAAUGUUUCCUCAAUCAUUAUUUCUGGAACAAACGCAAUUGCAGCGGGUGACAUGCCCUGUGAAGAACUACACAAAUCUUUGACGGCCUCACCGCCUGGACAAGCCACAGUUUCGGAGGAUCUCGUGGAUUCGAAUGCUAAAUCACCAACGCCACAGGAAAAGUCUGCACUUGGAGCAACGAUGGCGGUGCUCUUCCUUGUUUUUAUUCUCAUCGUGUCGAUUAUAUUUUUUUACCUAAACACAGAUCAUGCUCCAGUCAUUCCGUAAAAUAAUAUUCUGCCGUUAAAAAAUCUCGAAUACCGAUAAUUCGACAGUCGUAACUGUAUGGAAAGUGUAACCGCUACUUGAUGUUGUAUUUUUACUUGUGUUUCAUUUGCUUAAACUCGUUUAUAUAUUUCUACUCAAUUAUGCAGGUGAUAUAUAUCUGUGAUAACAUUGUUUUCUUGUCUUUUUCUGCAAACGUUUGUAGCUGAUUGUUAUCUGUGAUACGAUUGUAUUCAUGUCUUUAACUAUAUGUUAUGUUUACUAAUUUGUAUUGGCUAUAGUAAGUUUAAUGUAAUGAGCCUCAUCCCUUUCUGUAUCUUUUUUACUGUUAUAGAGCUGUUGUUGCUGCUUUAAUUCAAUGAAUAAGCAUUUGUAUGAAAGAACAAUGUUUAAAAUUUAAAGACUAUGAUUAUGGUAUUAGUAAAUGUACAGCAAUUGAACAAGCAUUGAAUGAGCAAAUCAUAAUUCAGUAUCAGCCUAGAGUCAUGACACGAUAUCGUUAGCACCGACAAAUAUUGUCAUGAACUGUAGGAAUAAUAAGAACACUUAAUUCUUUAUUGUGCAACAAUUGCUUUAAUUGAAUUUUUAUGUUUUUCAAUAUAUUUUAUUUCCGUUUAA